AUGGUCUCUCAACACCGCCAGCAGCUCUCGCGGAUUUUCAUCCCGGGGCCGCCCUCCCUCAACUCCCAGCAGCCCCACCCCCCGCUCUUCUCCCCCGCCCUCCCGACCGCCAUCCAGACGAACAUGCAUCCGCCCUUCGGCUUUCCAGGCGGCCCACACCCGCUCCACACCCCGAUGCAGGCCAACUUCUUCGCCCCCAUCCCGCCCAACGCGCCCAACCGCCCGAUGCACCGAACUCGCCGCGCGGGCAUCCUCCCCCCGCCAGGCGUGCCCAUGACCCCGCUCGGGCAGAGCUUCGGCCCUCAAAUGGGCCUCCCACCGUUCGCCCCGCCAUUCGUGCCGCGGAGUAAGCGGGCGGCCAGCAUGAGCGUCGGGGGCCCACCCAAGGCCGUCCUCGGUGGCCCCCAGCGCAAGGUGAGCCCGCUCCCGGGCACGCCCGUCGUCCCAUCGACGCCGGCGCCCGUGGCGGUCGCCCCUCCGCCGACAAAGACGAAGAAGGUCAUCGUCAACCUCCCGCGCGAGACGGUUCCGGGCGACGGCGAUGCGCCGGCGACGCGCGCGUCUUUUGCGAGGGAGCCGGUGCCGCACGCUGAGGUGCCCCCGGUCGUGGACUUCAAGCCCCCAGAGACGAGCACGAUCGAGCUCUACCCGCCCGACUCGUGGAGGCUUCACUUGCCGCCGACGGUGGACGUGUUUUUGCCAGGAAAGGCUGCGUGGGAUGGGCUCAAGCAGAAGGUCAUCGAGGAGAAGUUGGAGAAGCUGGGUGUUGAGCGCGGCAGUGGCAGCUCCGUCCCUCAUAUACACGCCCCGCAUGCGCGCGCAGCUUCGAUCUCCUCUCCCGCCGAUCCCGCCCUCCUCUUCUUCAAGCUCAACAAGCUGCAGCAGUCACAGAACGCAACGACUGUCAGCUCACUCUCCACUUCACCACAGCCGCCCGUCAACCUUUCUCCGUCGCCGAACCAGCUUCCUCCUCGCCUCCAAAAUCGUCACGGACACAGCUUCUCGCUUGCUCCGCCGUCUUCGCAGUCACCUCUGCUCAACGUCCCCAGUGCGCUCAACCCGUUCGGGCCAAAUGCCACGCUUGGUUCCGACCAAGUUUUCGCUCGCCACUCUCCAGGGCUCCCCGUUGGUCUCGAGAUGAUUCACGCUCCCCAAGGCCGCGUACCAACAAACGUCGCCUCCCUCGCCCCUCCGCUAUCUCUGUCUCGUCCCGACAGCCGGGAGAGCAGACCGGAUUUCAUGCGCGGUUUCGGUGUCGAAAUCCCGGAAGAGGAGGAGCCCGAAGAAGAGCCUGUGCAACACCACCACGAUGACGACGUUUCAGAAGUCGAGGACACACAUGCAGAUACCACCAUGGCCUCGCAAGACGGCACAGAGCAAGACGGUUUCAGCACAGUUGCGCAAAGCCGGGUGCACUCCCGACACGUUUCGAAGCUCUCUGCGGCGCUCUCAUUACGGCGGUGUUAUGCCGUGGAGGAUCUCGAUGCGGACGACGCGGAUAUCGAGGCUGAUGGGGAGGGAGAUCCAGACCAAGAUGCGGUCGGAGAGUGGACUGGGUCGGAAGAUUUGCGGGAGACGUCAGACGACGAGAGCAUCGGAGAGUGGUCAAAUCCAUCGGACGAGGAGCGGGCGCGUCAAGAGCGCUCGCACCGUCGUAUGCUGCGGCGUGUCAAGCAGGUCAAGCAGGAGCUCGAGAUCCCGCGGAGGAUACCCAAGUUCCCGCGGCCGCCGUCCCUUCCAGCCGGCGUUCCCGACGACGACAUUGUCUCCAACCCCAGCGACGAGGAGCACGGCGUCUACGGCCAGUUCUACACGCAAGAGACGGCUGCUGGCAGGCGGCCACUUCCUCCGCUCCCGCAUUCUCGCAGCGGCUCGACGUACUCGGCGCAUACCGGUCACGAUCCCGCGCUCGCCCACUCGCGCAGUGCGUCUGAGCAAUAUCUCACGCCUGGCGGGCUCCAUCCUCGACCUCCUCAGCCGCCCGUCGCAUCCAAUGUACGCUCGGAGUCCCUCAACCCCCUCGCGAAGCCGUUCGUCUUCGGUUCCGCGCCACGCCAGUCUGGAUCAUGGGCCCCGGGCGCGCUCUCCGGUGCGUCAGCGACACCUCCGACGGUGCCAACGCCCCCCAACCAUUCGAGAAUGGCGUCCUUGGCCAAACCGCUGAACGCGGCCGCGAUGGAGUUCAAGCCCGGCGGCUUUACCUUCCGCCCUCCCGCAGCGGCACCCCAGCUCUCCUUCCAACCUCAAUCUGCGCCGCCCGCCGCGCCACGCCCGCUGCCCACGCCCCCCAUGCCCGUUCCCGAGCCCGCCCGUGCGAUACAGGGUCGUGAAAAGCGGCAACGGCGCUCGAGCCUUGACCUCGACGACGAAGCGUCAGAGGACGAGGAUGGGGCGAGCACGAUGCACUCGUUCCGCUUCCCCCCUCCCGGCGAACGGCACUCCGCGCCCGCGAGCCCACCGAUUACGAAGGACAGCGCCGUCCUCAACGUGGCCGCGAAGCCCUUUACGUUCACCGGUUCGCUGCCGUUCCUCCACCAGAAGAAGGAGGACGUGCCGCAGUCGCCCGGACUCAGCGAGGACGACGACGAGAACGACGAGAAUCGCCCACUCAUGCCGAUGCCGGUCCCGCAGCCAGCGAUGGCCAUGCCGGUGCCCCAGAUGGGCGCGGAGGAGCUCCCGUUCCCUCCGGCGUCCAAGCCGAAGCGCGCGCCCAUCCCCCUCGACUUCAAGCACCCGGUUUCGACGAACACGGUUCCCGCCGGCCUCUUCAAGGCGCUCGUCAACAACGACGACGGGGAGCGCACGCGCCGCACAGUCCGAUCCCGUCUCAGCUCGCGCGAUAUCUACGAGCACAGUCCGCGUCUGAGCCUCGACGACCUCCACGUCCCGCCCAUCUCUUCACGUGGACUCGGACGUGGUGGCCGCCUCUUCACCGACCCUGGGUUCCGCGAUAGGUCGCCGUCGCCGGAGGACCUCUUCAGCGUUCGCCGGCCCCGCAGGUCGUCGCUACCACCGAGGCGCAACGAGGACGAGGAGUCCAUGUCGGAGGUUUCGGUCCCGCCGCUCAACCUGUCGCGCCGUCUGGAGAUGCAACAGUACGAGCAGCGGCUCGAGCGGCUCCUCGAGGACAAGUUCGACGCCGUCCGCGACGCGCUCGACGACUUCAAGCACACCGCCGAGGCCCGCGGCCAGUCGAUCGACCCUUCCACGGACGCACAGGUCAAGGAGGUCAUCUCGCUCUUCCGCGCUCAGCUUCAAGCGUCGGCCGCGCAGGGGCUCGACAACAGCCACAUGGACGCGCGCGGCGAUCUCGACUUCGAGCUCCUGCGCGACAUCAUCGAGCAGAAGCAGGAGGAGUCCCGCGUGAUCCUCCAGCGCGACAUCGCCGACCUCGUCCUCAACCAGAGCCAGGCCCACGGCAUGUCUAUGUCGCGCGACAGCGACCCGGACCUCAAGAGGCUCAUCGAGGAGCAGGGCGACCGCACCGUCAAGACCCUCGCGUCCGCGAUGGCCCAGCUCGGCGCGCACAUCCAGUCGGUCGACGUCGGCCGCGCGUCCGGCCCCGGGAUGCAGGACCAGCUCUUCCAGGAGCUCUACCAGAAGCUCAUGCCGCACAUCGCCGCGCUCCGCCAGGAGCCGAUCGACUACGACGUCCUCACCGCGCGCCUCUCGCAGGCGGUGAAGCCGAACAUCUCGCAGCUCAUCGACCUCGCGUCGGACAAGCGCGAGACGGCGGGCCUGAUCGUCGACAGCCUCGUGCCGAUGCUGGCGACGCUGCAGCAGCCCCCGGUGGACCUCGAGGCCGUCGUCGGACGGCUGACGGCGGAGCUCAGGACGCUCGUCGGCCCGCUCGACGCGCACGAGAUGAAGGAGCAGGUGUCCGACCUCGUCGUCGAGCGGCUGGACUCGCGUCUCGCGGUGCGCGAUCGCGCGCUCAACCUCGACGCGCUCGCGGACAAGCUCGCGGACAAGGUGCUCGAGCUCGCGAACCCAAUCGCGGAGGUCCAGCGCACGGUCGACGAGCUCGCGAAGAAGGAAGUGCCCGUCGCCGCGCCGGCGGUGGUCAACGCCGAGGUCGACGUCGCAUCCAUCAAACAAGAACUCGUCGCCGCGCUCUCCAGUACCCUUUCCGACCUGCCUCAACGUCUGUCGACCGCCACCGAGGCCAUCAACGCCGCUCAAGUCCAGCUCGCGGCCAAGGUUGCGCAGGGCUCGCCCAAGGACUCGCCCAACGCUCAGAUGCUCCGCAACAUCGAGACGCUCGCGUCCACGGUGAACAACGACCAGAAGCACCUCCUCGCGAAGCACGACGAGCUGCGCACGUUCUGCCAGAUGAUCGUCGACCACGUCGACACGCUCCCGAACUGCCUCGUCGACGCGACGAAGGUGGUCCACGACCUCCAGGCGGACAUCCUCGCGCGCGACACCUCCCAGAAGGACGCGGAGGAGAUCCGCCGGCUCGUCGCGGCGAACACGGAGCUCCAGGUGCAGCUCCAGAAGGCGCGCGGCGCGCACGGCCAGGUCCGCGUCGAGAAGGACCUGCUGGGCGACCGCAUGAAGGUCGCGGACGCGGACCGCGAGCGGCUCGAGGCGCGCGUGGACGCGCUGCAGAACGUCGCGGCGCGGAAAACGGAGGAGAUGGCGGCGGUCGAGGCGAAGAACAUCGAGCUGGAGCAGGCACUCGCGAGCGCGCUCGAGAGGCUCAAGGCCGCGGACGUACAGGCGCAGAGCCAGAGGGAGCGCGUUGUGGUGCUCGAGAAGGCGAACGCGGAGUUCAGCGAGGAGAAGAUGACCCUCAAGUCAAAGGUUGACGCGCUUGAGCUCAAGAUGUCGUUCGUCGAGCGCGAGAAGGACAUGCUGUCGGACGAGGUCGCCUCGCAGAAGAAGCUGAACGACGAGCUGUCGGCCCAGAGCGACAACUGGGAUGAGCUCCGCCAGGCGACGGACCAGAUCCAGGCGCUCGCCGCGCUCGUCGGCCAGGUCGACCAGGACGAGCUGCACGAGCUUCGCCGUGCGCGCGAGCGCAGCAAGGCGCUCGAGAGCGAGCACGCGGCGCUCCAGCGACGCUCGAAGGACCUGGAGAACAAGGCGGCCACACACGAGAAGGUCGUCCAGCAGUCCCGCCAGACGCUCCUCCAGUCCCGCCAGCGCGCGGAGGAGUGGGAGCGGCGCGCGAAGGAGGCGGAGAACGAGCUCGAGGUCACGCAGACGAAGCUGGACGAAGUCGAGCAGACGCACUCGCAGCUCGACGCCGACUACUCGCUUGUCAAACUGCAGCUCGAGGAGCGCGACGCCGAGGAGCGUCUCGACAAGGACCGCCAGAACAAGCUGCGCGACCAGAUCGCGGCGCUCGAGGGCCAGGUCGCGCGCCUCCAGGCCGAAGUCGACAAGGCGAACAACACGACCGCCGCCAAGCCCAACGGCGUCGUCCGCCAGCCCGCCAGCCGCUACGCCAACGGCCACGGGCUCUCGCACCCGCCCCCGCGCCCCGACUCGCGCGCGAGCACGAUCUACGACGAGAAGAGCCGCGCGGGCACGCCCAAGGCGCAGGCGCACAACGGGACGACGACGGACGUCCGCGCCGUCACGCCCCCGCAGCCGUCCGUGCGCGACUCGAUCCACGCGCCCCGGAGCUACCACGCGCAGCCGGCCGCGCUCGCGACGCCCGUGGCGACGCCCAAGUCGCUGUACCCGACGCACUUCCGCAAGCACAACUUCCGCGCGCCGUCGCCGUCGCCGAGCGUCGUCUCCGCCGCGCCCACGCUUGGCGAGGACGGCUGGUGGUCGUAG